GGGACGGAGAGUGACCGAGGGGGGACGGAGAGUGUCCGAGGGGAGUGGAGAGUGACCGAGGAGAGCGCGGAUCGAACUGACUGACCAUGGCCGGGGCGAUGGCCAUCCUGGGCUCCUCGAUUCUAGCCCUCCUCUUGGCUGGGUACUUGGCCCAGCAGUACCUCCCCCCACCCAAACCAAAGGUGAUCGGCGUGGACCUUGGCACCACCUACUGCUCGGUCGGUGUGUUCCAACCGGGCACCGGCAAGGUGGAGGUGAUUGCGGACAAGGCAGGGCGGAAGAGCCUGCCAAGCAUGGUGUUAUUCACCAACCAAGAGGUGCGAGUAGGGUAUGAGGCGCAGGAACUUGCAGAUGCCAACCCACUGAAUACCGUGUACGACGCAAAACGCUUCAUAGGGAAACAUUUCACCCCAGAGGAGCUCCGAGCCGAAAGCAGCCGAUACCAGUUUAAGAUCCUCUACAAUAAGGGUCAUGCUGAGUUCUCAGUUUUUGCUAAUGAGUCGUUGAGCGUCACUCCUGAGUACGUCGGCUCCCAGUUGUUGCUCGAACUGAAGAAGCUGGCCGAGGAGUACCUGGGGGUCCCAGUGAGCAAAGCUGUCAUCUCCGUACCAGCAGAGUUCGAUGAGAGGCAGAGGAACCACACGGUGAAGGCUGCACAGCUGGCGGGAUUGGAUAUUCUGCGGGUAAUAAAUGAGCCGACUGCAGCAGCCAUGGCCUAUGGGCUCCAUAAGGUGGACGUUUUCAACGUACUGGUGGUGGACCUGGGGGGUGGCACAUUGGACGUAUCUCUGCUAAACAAACAGGGCGGGAUGUUCCUGACCAGAGCAAUGGCAGGUAAUAACCAGUUGGGUGGCCAGGAUUUCAAUCAGAGGUUGCUGCAGUUCCUCUUUAACCGGAUCCACCAGCAAUACGGUGCUGUGCCCACCGACAAGCAGGAUGUGCACCACCUGCGGCAGGCUGUCGAAGCAGCCAAACUGAACCUGACCCUAUACGACUCGGUGCUGAUCCAGGUACCACUGUCCCUGCCAGGCUCCAGUGAAGGAGGAGAGGAGCUCGGCGGCACCAGCAGUAAAGUUUUGUUUGAAGAAACAGUGACCAGGGAUCUGUUUGAGGCACUGAACCAGGACCUGUUUGAGAAGAUCCUGGCCCCGGUGGAGGAAGUGCUGUCUCGAGGUCACUUGGGCCGGCACGAGGUGGACGAGAUCGUCCUCGUUGGGGGCUCCACCCGUAUCCCCCGGAUACGCCAGGUCAUCCAGGAGUUCUUCGGCAAGGAACCAAACACUUCAGUGGACCCCGACCUGGCAGUGGUGAUAGGUGUUGCCUUACAGGCAGGGAUCAUGGGUGGCUCUUGGCCCCUGCAGGUCAGCGCCCUGGAGAUACCCAACAGGCAUUUACGGAAAGUGAACUUCAACUAAACGGAUUCCUUUUUUUUCCCACGUCCCCCCCUCAACGUUAGUCAUUAUGGAUUGGAAGGCAACCUUUUCUUUUUCUGUCUGUCUGUCUCUCUCUCUCUCUGGAAUGGAGGGGGAUGAGUGAGCAGUUAGUCUUAGCACAAUUACCCCUCUCUGCAGAAAGCAAACCGUCCCAAGCUUCUGUGAAUCAUUCCACAAAGGCGAUUGCUGUAAAUUUUGAGAAUUUUGCUUUUCAGCACUUUGGAGUUCCACAUUCCUUUUCUUAAAAAAAGCACUUCAUGAAUGAAGUGGAUCUUAUUAAUACUAGGACAGCAUUGCCCACAAUAUUAAGCUGGUUACCAGAUGUUGCAGCCUGUUGAAGUCCUUGUAUUCUUUAGUGAUAUGCGCUGUUUUUUUUGUUCCCUUUCAUGCUUCACUGAUGACUUCCUGUAUCAAACUGACUUGUUCUAUUCCAUGGGAAUCCACCCGACCCACACUGUUCCUGCUCUGAACCAGUCUGGGCUUCCUUGUGGAAUUAGGUUCGAUCAUCACAGGGGGCUGGAGAAGGUUGGCUGUGUCCCUGCUCUGUAUGUCCCCCUGCACCUGACACUGGACACAAGGUGGGGGACAGCACUGACCUUGACCUGCCAACAGGUGUCUUAAACUGGCUCUGAAAGAGCAAGGUACCUUCAGAGGGGUACAGAAGCAGGAAGGUGCUUCUCGAUUGGAGAUGCAUUCAGGAGAGGGGAAUGUUUUGUAAUAAAAGAUGGUGGAUAUUAAAAAGAAUGUUCUGUAAGUAGGUUGACGGUAAGUCAAAUAAUGAAGGAACUGAAUGGAAGUUUUGAGAGGGUCAAAAAGAUCAUCUUCCAAUAGGCAGGGAAAGUGCAGGCAAAAGAUCAGUGAUUCUGCCUGAGGGAAGGUUUGUUUAUUUAAAAAUAAUUUUUAUACCUCUGUUGUUCUACUUAUUUAAACAGUGCCAUAAUCAAAAAAUGUGAAGGUAGAUUAAUUUUAUUAAAUAUAUAUUUAUACAUAUAUAUUUUUUAAAGAAUUGUACAUAAAGCAAAUUGUCUUUAUGAACCGAACCUGAAAUGAAGACCACUUUUAUCUUUGGUGCAGAUCUGCAUGAGAAAGAUCAUUGCAUUGAGUAUGCAUUUAACAAAUUAUCCCGUGUUCUGCUCUGGGAUGGUCAAUCUAGGGCAGCCAUGCUCAGAUAUUUUGUUUUAAUUUAUUCUUGGAAUGCAGCUGUUACUGGGAACAUCAGUAUUUAUUGUCCAUCCCUAAUUGUCCUUGAGAUGGUGAGCUGACUGUAUGAGCUGUUGCAGUCCUUGUGAAUAGAUAUAUACACAGUGCUCUUUGGGUAGGAAUUCUAAAUGAUUUUGACCUGGUGACAGUGAUGAAAUAAUGAUAUGUUUCCAACUUUUGAUGAUGUGUCUGUUGGGGAAGAUAACUGUUGUUCCAGUGUGCCUCAGCAAAUUGGUAAAGUGCACUUUGUAGAUGAUGGUGGAGAGAGCAGUUAUCUUGAGUGGUAUAUCGACUGCUAAUCAAUGGAACUCUUGAGUGGUAACAAAUUCCGCGUUCUUGACAUUAUUCUGUAAGAGGUUUGCUCCCGAAUCCCAUCAUUUGUGUGUGUUACUGUUGAAGGGGAUCUUGCACUGUCACAGUGUUAGCCACCUCCAUAAAGGCCACCUUGUGGAGUCGUAUUGUUUUUCAUAGAAUUGUGCAGCCGAGAAUGAGGCCAUUCAGCCCUUCAAGCCUAUGUUAGCUCUGCGAAAGAACUGUUUAAUUGCUUACCUGGAUGUUAUCUAGCUACUUGAAUACCCUUUCGACAAGUGGAGAUUACUCUAUCACAUUCCCUGAUCUGCUUUGUUGACAUCACCUAGCCAAUAGGACCACAGCUUUCACUGAUCCAGGAUGUUGGUGGGGCUACUGUGUCACAGCCAGACUUUGCCAUUCAGAAGCAAAGUGGGGGCCACACAGGAGGGAAAAGGCUUGAAUCAGGAGUUCCAUUGAUUAGCAGCCGAUAUACCACACAAGAUAACUGCUCCCUCCUCCAUCAUCCACAAAGUGCACUUUACCAAAGGGUUAUACUUUAUAAAAUCAUUUUACAAAAUUAAGAAAAUAUUCCUUGUUUGUUAAAUAAUUGCAAAUAACAUGAUGAAAAAUCACUUUAAAAAGGUCAUUCGCGCAAUGUGGGCAUCACUGGCUGGGCCCAGCAUUUAUAACCCGUCCCUAGUUGCCCCCUUGAGAAGGUGGGGGUGAGCUGCCUUCUCGAACUGCUGCAGUCCAUGUUUUGUAAGUGCUGUUAGGAAGGGAGUUGCAGAAUUUUGAAGCAAUACAAUGAAGUAAUGGCGAUUAUAGUUUCAAAUUGGAAUGGUGUGGGUGUUCCCAUUGCAUCUUCUGCCCUCUUUCUAGGUGAGAGAGGUGUGAGGAUUUAAAGCACCUGCCUGUGUGUAUACAGCCCACAAUAUUCCAGUCUGCUUCUGAGGUAAACUGUACAAGACCAACUCGAAAUGCAGUUACUCAUCACCACACAGCAUUUGUUGGGGGCACUACUUGCGCACUGGUCUCUGGGUAAUAAUCUUUUGCAGCCCCAGUGUGAUCCCUGCCUGUCCUCACUGCCACUUGUCCAUGGCUAUCAGCGCUUGGAGAAUUGCGGAACAGCAGGCACCGGGGGGGGACAUACACAGAAAUGAAGGAAGGGGAGAAACUCCCAGAGCCCCAUUGAAAGGGUUGUGCACCAUUGCUGUGCCUGGUCUUUGUGAUCGCUGAAUCCCAGGCUACACCCUGGCCAUGACAUCUUGAUAUGACAUGACACAUGACACAACAUGGUUAUCGCAAUAACAGGAGGUCAGAGCUGUAUCUUUUUGUAAUUGAUAAAUGAUUCUUCAAAAACUCGAACAAUGCUAUGGGUGACAGAUGUUUUGGGGCUUUUAUUGUUCAGGGUUUAUUUGGUUGCUUCACUUUAAACAAUUUACUGUAAUCAUUUUAAAAUGUUUCACAGCUGCAAAUGGAUGAGGAUAAAUUUCAGUCUCCUUUCAGUGCCCGUCUCCGCAGGGAACCGCAUUCCCUACCUUGACCUCCAAGAGUCGGCCCUGUAUCCAUCGCAUUUUCACGGUAACCGAGCCCAGGAAGUGGCCACAUGACCAAUCAGUCUGUGCUAGUGUCUACCUUUCAGUCAAGCUUCUCAUUCCACACCAGUUGCUUCAGGAGGGGGGGCCCUAUCAAUAUCACCUUAUUCGCCUCGAGUGGUAAUAAAUUCCACAUUCUUGCUAUUCUGCUGUAGGAAGUUUUCUUCUGAACCCCCUCAUUUGUGUGUGGUAUUGUUGAAGGGGAUCUAGCACUAUCGCAGUGUUAGCCACCCCCCAUAGAGGCCCCCUUAUGGAGUCGUAUUGUUUUUCAUAGAAUUGUGCAGCAGCAAAUGAGGCCAUUCAGCCUUUCCAGCCCAUGUCAGCUCUGUGAAAGAGGUAUUCUGUUAGUUGCACAUCUCUCCCCUUGGCCCUGCAAAUGUUUGUUUUGCCUUCUAGUGUUUAUCCAAUCUCCUCUUUUGAAAGUUUCUCUUGAAUCCACACCACCAUUCUUUCCAGACGGCUGACUUCAAUUCCUCACUGGUUCAAAAUCCUCCUUCAUGCUCAGAAUCCUAGUUCACAAUUCAGGCUUUGAAAAAUUUUAACUUGUCCUUCACUGUCAUUGAUUUUAUCUUUCUCCCACUCCCUGCCUUGCCUUCCCUCAUUCUCCUCACUAGCUGUUAUGUCAAUGACAUCAACAUGGUCCUAGAUCGAGGGAAGCAGUGUUUUUUUGUUUUUAAAAAAAAUUCCUUCAUCUCCCUUUUGUAAAUACAGUCCGAGUGGUCUCACCCCGUGGGAAGGAUUGAGACUCCCUGUCAUCAUUGCCCCCUCCCCCCAGCUAUUGAAAAUCGACUGUCCUGAGUCCUACUGGUGGCUCAGCUUGUGUGUCUCCAUCCUGUGGAUGUGUUGCUGUUUGGCUGCACAGUUUGGGAAUUUGCGUUAACUUGGUAUGUUCAAGCACCAUUCCCCCCGCCACCCAAUUCUCUGCAGAUAGAAUUUCUGCUGAUCUCCUGCCAAAGUACGGCAGCUGUCCCACCAUCAUCACCACCACUACUUCAAGGCAUCUGUGACAUUGAAGUUAGUUACAAAGAACCAAGCACCUAGAAACUGAUUUGAUCAUGAACUGAGGUUCCUCCAAUUGUCUGGAACAUGUUAUACAGUAUCUGUAUGAGAAAGUACUGUAAGGUUUAAUUUAUUGUACUUUAUCUGACUACUAGCAUUGCCUUUGUACAUUACUGCAGCCAUGACUGGAGAAUAAAUUAAAAU